GGUUGAGAUGCUGAUGAUCCUCAGAUAGCCUCCCAACCUUUUGUGGUGCUCGGUUAAGUGAAGGAAAUGUGAGAGUGCAGCCAAGUUCACGGCUGCCUGGAACAUUUGGAAGCAUUUUGAGAUGGCUCAGGAGAGAUUUCGAAGGCAACCGUCUCUAAAUGGAGGAGGGUUAAAUGACUGCCGUUACUAAAUCCUUUGCUGUCCUUCCAUGUGACUUAAGUGGUACUGAAAAGCAGAUCCCCUCCGUCUUGCUUUUCUGCCAGCCUUCGGCUUACAGCCUUGCUGGCAUCCUCCGGCAUCAGCUUUUUAUCGACAAUGGCAACAGAAAAGAACAUCCGCAAGGAACUGACAGACAGCGGGAUUUCGAGGGAGUGCUGGACCAUUCACAAAUUGGGGUAGGAGCGUUGCCGGCUAAUUAAGGAAUGUAACCACAGAAUUUCCAUCUCUCGGCUUUUGAACUGGGACCUGAAUCAAGAAAGGGGAAAGCACCCUCUUGACUCCUACCUGAUGAGGUCAGCUGUUCAAAAGGACCUGAAAAUGCUGGGAUAUAUUCCAAAGAGUCAUCUAGUUAAGUGGUUUGUUUUUCUGCAUGAUGACCACUGCGCGGCCAGGUAAAUGCUGAAGUGUCAAAAAGGGGUACUCUUGUAUUUUGUGCACCACUAGCAGCAUGUACUCCUUCACUUUUAUGAUGCAACAGUGCUACAGCUUUAAUUUUAAAUCUUUCAUUUAAGACUGUGGGCUUUGAUCCAGUGUCACAUUUCAAAAGGCUCGUGAAAAGUGGGUGCAAGGGACUCUUCGUGUCAUCUGUAAUUUAUUUUUUUCUUGGAAGAUACUAACAAUGCAUUGGAGGCAAUGGCAGAAUAAGUGUAAGUUCCAAACUGACAUUUUAGCCUCACAAUAGUUUCUGCUUAAACUGCCAACAAUUCAGUUAUGUCUGGACCGCUGUUCCUGGAAUCUCCCUGCAAACCGAUGUAUUAAAAGCAAACAGAUAUGUGAUCGCCCCGGACUAUGACCACAGGACAUAUCAAUGGCGGUCAAGGGAGCCACCGAUAUGUGAAAUGGCACCGGGAAGACAGCGGAGAGGACUACACAAAGAGCGAGGUCUAUGCGGACGAUGGGCAAGGCAAGCCGCGGCGGUUAACCCCAUUCGAGAAGCUCACUCUGGAUAUGUCCCAGGAUGAGAAGGUGGUAAAGGAAUUAACCCUGGGGAAGAGGAUUGGGUUUUACCGCGUCAGAGGAGAAAUUGGGAGUGGGAAUUUCUCACAGGUGAAACUUGGCAUCCAUUCUCUGACCAAAGAAAAAGUAGCUAUCAAGAUCUUGGAUAAAACGAAAUUAGACCAGAAGACACAGCGACUGCUCUCCCAGGAGAUAUCCAGCAUGGAGAAGUUAUACCACCCCAACAUCAUCCGGCUUUACGAGGUCAUGGAGACGCUCUCAAAACUGCACCUUGUGAUGGAAUAUGCCAGUGGAGGGGAACUGUUCGCUAAGAUCAGCAUGGAAGGAAAGUUGUCAGAAGCGGAGAGCAAGCACAUCUUCUCCCAGAUUUUGUCUGCUGUUAAACACAUGCAUGACAGCAACAUAAUUCACCGGGACCUGAAAGCCGAAAAUGUGUUUUAUACCAGUAACACCUGUGUGAAAGUGGGAGAUUUUGGAUUCAGCACGAUAAGUAAAAAAGAGGAAACCUUGAACACUUUCUGUGGCUCCCCUCCUUACGCCGCCCCAGAACUUUUCAGGGACGAGAGCUACCUUGGGGUUUAUGUGGACAUUUGGGCGCUGGGGAUUCUCCUCUAUUUCAUGACAACUGGAGUCAUGCCCUUUCGAGCAGACACAGUGGCCAAACUGAAGAAGUGCAUUCUUGAAGGGACGUAUAUCUUACCCUCGUUCCUUUCCGAACCUUGCCAGAAGCUGAUUCGAGGAAUCCUUCAGUCAAUCCCGUCCGAACGCUACUCCAUUGAGUACAUCAUGAGCAGCGAAUGGAUGAAAGGAGUGCAGUAUCCAAAGCCCAUGGAACCAUUCAAGCUGGAUCCAAAAUAUUUGUCAGAAAGCGGCACGCUAAGACAGGAAGAAGCCGAGGUGAAAAAAGUCCUGAUCAGUUUGGGAAUCACAGAGGAGCAUUUUCGGAAUAACCAUGGAAGAAACACUCACGGUUCAAUAACUGGGAUCUACAGAAUUAUUUUGCACAGAGUUCAGAAGAAAUGGGCCAUCGAGGCUGUGCCUAUAAUCAGCCAACCAGAACCCAAAGAGGAGGAAGAGUCAAAGAAGGCGCACCCUACCUACCAGGGACUAAAACAUUCCUCAAAACUCUGCUUGAUUUUAUAAAUUAUGUGGCUGGCCUGGUCUGUUUCUUUGGUAUGACUCAACUCUUGCCCUUAGCAUUUUUUGUAAUUUUGAAAUAAAAAUUUUAAAAAUAUAAGAUUUAA